AUGCUGGAGACAAUUGAGAAGCAUGCCCUGGUGUUCGGUUCAAGUGGAAUUACUGGGUGGGCCAUCACCAAUGUGAUUCUCCAGGGCUAUCCUGGCAAGGAUGCCUUCGAUUCCGUGACGGCCCUCACCAAUCGCCCGAUCAGCCACGAAACAACUCAGUGGCCUACGUCUAAGAAGCUUCGCGUUAUCAGCGGUGUGGAUAUAUUGACGUCUGGAGGACAAGAAGCCCUCGAAAUCGACCUCCAGAACAAAGUUGAGAAUAUCAAGAAAAUCACACACGUCUACUUCUGCGCUUAUAUCAUGAACCUUGACCCGGCAAAGGAAUGCCAGAUCAACACUGAGCUUUUCAAAAAGGCCAUUACUGCUAUUGAUAACCUGUCCCCAAGCCUGAAGUUCAUCGUUCUGCCAACAGGCACCAAGGCUUAUGGCAUCCAUCUCAUCGACCACUUUCCAUUCGCAAAGGAACUCCCUCUGCGUGAAUCACUACCGCGAAUCCCUAAACCAUUUGGCUCGCAGCUAUUCUACUACCACCAGAUUGAUGCAUUAUCACGGCUUGCAAAGGGGAAGACCUGGUCCUGGUGCGAAGUCAGAGCUGAUACGAUCGUGGGCUUCGUGCCAAACAACAACAUCUGUUGCGCGGCACAGACGCUGGGCAUUUACCUGUCCCUCUUCGCAGAAAUCGAAGGGAUAGGGGCCGAAUGCCCUUUCCCUGGUAACGAGAAGUCGUGGAGAAAUCUCAGCCACGAAAGCAACCAAGAUAUCCUCGCAAAGAUUUGCUUGUACGCGUCCUUGCAUCCCAACGUCACGCACGGACAGAAGUACAAUGCCGGUGACAACUUUCAACCUUCUUCAUGGAGCCACAGAUGGCCCGUCAUCUGUGGGUACUUUAAUUUGAAGGGAACUCCACCUCUGCCAGAUCACCAAGCCCCUCAACCCGAGCACUACCUGGUAAAACAUGUUGAGAAGUGGAAAGAGAUGGAGAAGGAGCAUGGCCUUGUCGGUGGUCACAUUGUCAACGAACGCACCUUCAUUGAGCCAACCCACGGCGUAGGAAUGAUAUACGGUCUGACGAACUUGCUUGAUUUCGAUAGGCAGCUUGACAUGACCCAAUGCCAUGAGAUGUGGAGUUCCAGCAAGGAGGAGCUUGAUACGAAAGAUUCAUGGUAUAUUGUGUUCGAUAGGUUUAGAAAGGCUAGAAUCAUUCCAUAG